AUGCAAUUGAAAUCUUCGUAUUUGUUAUCCACUAUUACUUUGGUUCUCGUUUUAGCUAUUUAUUCAGCUAUUGCCGCUCCCGUUUCUGAACCAGAAAAUGUUCUUAGAGAUGAUGGAGGAAACCCAGGGUCAGGAGCUCGUUUAACACUUUUCGCAGAAAUUUAUAUUUCAGAAUAUUUGUCUUAUUUUACGAGUCCAUUCCUUGUGAAAGUAAAUAUAUCUAUAGAUUAG